ACACACAUAUAUAUAUAUAUAUCCUCACUUAUUUAUCUUCAAUAUUUGUUUCAGAGAGCGUACAAUGAACGAGGAGAUGUCUUUUCAUUCAUCAGACUGGUCCUUGCCUUGCCUGCCACCGGAGCAUGUCGAGGAAACAUUUCACCACCUAGACAGAAAAGCUCACAACGACCAGCUAGAUUCCUUGAUGGAGUAUGUGUGGCGUCAGUGGAUCCGUAACACAACCUUCCCCGUCAAGAAUUGGUCUGUGUUCAUGCUUUCAGUCCGUACAAACAACGACCUUGAAGGGUGGCACAACCGGAUCAAUAGCAGAGUAAAUCGCUCGGGUAAAGUUCCGUUCUACCUUCUCCUUUUGGAACUUUACGGUGAAGCAAAGAACAUUCCAUUGAUUGCCAGACUACUCUCAGAAGGAAAGAUGGAGAGGAUCAACAAAGAGAGGUACAGCAAGCUGAAUGGCAAGUUAUUCAAGGCGUGGGAAGACUAUAACAACAGAGUGAUGACAACAACUCAGCUCCUGCGAGCAUGUGCUCCCUGUAUGGGCUAACCACCAAGUGAAUGGACGUGAUUGUUCUCAAUUAAGUCUGUGCAUGUUUAUCAAUUUAUGUGAUUGUGAGACAACUUUAUAGUGCUGUGCAAACUUAUAGGGGUAUGACUUUUUAUAAGAUGGUUAAUGUGUAUUUUUACUGGAUAUAUAUAUACUUAACAUGAUAUGCUUAAAAUGAUUGCUUGUUUAUUCAAUGAUUUUGUUUUUCAUUGAUGAUAACAAAAGAAUAUAAAUGAACUCAGUGUGGUUUUUUUUGCCUGCCAAAGAAAUACCAGAGAAUAAUGUUAAUAAUCUAUUUGUUAAAAUAUAUAUCUACAUACCCAAAUACAAGUUAAGCUUCAUUGGCAGAAAAAUUACAUAAUUUUGAGAGAUUUCCUUUAAUUGUACAAAUAUAAUCACAGAAAUAAUAUUUCACUUGUAUUUGGGUAAUACAUAUGCGAAUUCUUUUGGGUUAUAUAAGGGUACUUAAAAAUAUUAUGUAUAAAUCAGUUACCAUAUAUAAGCUUACUGAACAAGUUUAUGACAUUCAAGUGUUGUAUAAUUCCAAUAAUAGAAAAAAAUACAAGAAUUUGUUUUCUUUUCUUGAAAUAUCAAUAAUGAAAUACUUCCCCUUAUACAGCUGUUAUAUAACAUUUGUUCGUUUCUUUGUGAUGAUAGUAUGAUUUGAUCACAGUAUUAACUGAUUUACAGCACGGACACAUAACCAUGCUGGAUGGUACUAUCAUUGAUAGCGUGCGCAUGCAAGUUUAUAGCAUAAUGUUUUUCGUGAUUAAAGUUUUUCAUAUAAAGUAAACAACGCCAUGUUUGCGAACGAUUGUUAGUUUACUACAAAUUAAAGUAAAUUGCAUUUAUGGGCUCAAACGUGCUUAAAAGCCAUGUUCUUUCAACUAUCAGUUAUUAUUAUAAACAACAGGUGCCUAAACAUCUUGGGGCCUAAACAUCUUGGG